GCAGAAUGACGCUGAAGGAAGAGAAAUCUCUGUCAUAUGGCAAAGAGGUUGUAAUUCUUCAUAAAGAUACUUCCAUCUUGAAGACCGAGGAUAUAACGAUGCAGAAAUGCAGCAAGGAGGAGCAGACUGGCAAAAUGAAAAGCUCCUCGGAGGUAUGGGAGUCCGUUAAAAUAUAUUCUAGUUUUAUUUUGUAACUGUUGCCAUUUUAACUCAAAGAUAUCCUCAUUUCCGAUUUACAGAUUCCAACACUACAGAAAGAAGACAUUGUGAAACGAUGCGGAAUGAACGUCAAUCAUAGUCAGACAACUGUGACGGAUUCACUAUCUCAAAAGCUCACCUGCCCGACAAAUGAAACUGAAAGUAAACAGACUGACCCCAGGAAGGUCAUUAAAAGUCAGGGAUACUUGGCCCUGUGUGAACCCACAGAGCACGCGUCCGAGAACAAAGGCAGCACAUCUAUGACCAGAACGUAUCAGGUCAAAGCAACUCCUGAAGCACCAGAUGAAGGUGCUCCAGUCAGUAGGGAGAACCUCAACUUGUUGAAUUCACCUGAACUGACUCUGCCUGAUCUGAAAAAAAGCCCAGCGAUUCAAAACCUCAUCAGGUACAAGCUCUUGGAUGAAGACAUCUUGCGUAAAUUAGAGACGGGUCUUACCACAAUCGAUAAGGUCCGAGCAGUCAUUGCGCCAUAUGUCAGCAAACCGUCUACCAUUGCUGGAGUUUAUGUGGAGUCCAGCAAGAAAAAGGCUUCAUUCCUAGAGGCUGUUGAGAAGGGCUUUUUGGCAAAGACGUACGCUCUGGAAUUUCUGGAAAGUCAGGCAGCAACUGGAAGCCUCACUGAUCUGACGACGGGGCAAGUGUACUCGGUGGAUGAGGCCCUUGAAAGAGGCCUCAUUGAAUCAGCCUUGAAGGAUAAGCUGGUAGAGGCUGAGAAAGCUUAUAGUGGCUAUGUGCAUGCUGGGAAAAGGCUGUCGGUGUUCCAGGCCAUGGAGGAGAUGGUUCUUGAGCGUUGUAUAGGCAAGAAGAUCCUUGAAGUCCAGAUCGCCACUGGUGGAGUGAUGAACCCCGAGGCUGGUGUCAGAAUGCCGCCUAGUGUUGCUAUUGACCAUGGCUUCCUGAACAAGGAGACCUUUCAAAUUCUGUACGAUCCGGUUCGGAACCCCAAAGGUUUUCACUACCCUGAUUCAGGACAGAAAGCAUACUAUUCUGAAAUACUCAAGGGAAGUCUUUACGAUAUUGAUGGCGGCGUCUUUCUUCUCCCUCUUGGGGACAGACACCUUACAAAUAGCUCUCUGACAACUUCUCAUCGGGUGUCAGUGGUCAGCAGCAGUAGUGGCGCCGAGUUGUCCGCGUACGACGCAUUCAAGAAGAAACACAUCGACAAACCCAUGUAUCUGUAUCUGUCACAGCAAGGAAGCGAAUGGCAGGAGGUAUCUGUAGAUGACAGUAGCGGGGAUUUGCGCCACAUCAUCACUGAUGUCAAAAAUGGCAGACAGCUUUGCCUCGAGUCAGCUCUCAGUCAGAGGUUCCUGGAAGCGUCUGAGCUUGAACGUUACCGGAGUGGCCUUCUUAGCAUAUAUGAGAUGGCAGACAUCAUAUUUUCCAGAAUGGUAGUUGUGGAGGAUGUCAACGGUCCCAUCGCUGGUCUGUGGGACCUCAACCAGAAGAAGAGGCUGUCUGUUCUGCAGGGUUUUCAACAGGGCUUUACUGACAGGACAACCGCUUUGAGGUUGCUGGAGGCUCAGGCCUGCACUGGAGGUAUUUGUGACCCCUUCUCUGGAGAGAAACUCACAGUCAAAGAAGCGCUCAGUAAAGGUCUUUUAAAUGAAAAUUUGGCUCAGUCGCUAAAACCGUGUGAGCAGGCAUUCAACGGCAUCAUUCACCCCAAAACUGCAAAGCCUUUGUCAAUCCCCCAGGCGGUCCAGGAAAACCUCUUACCCAAGGACAUUGGCACUCGCUGUAUUGAGUUCCAGCUCCUGACCGGUGGACUCAUGCACCCUGACACUCGUGACAGAGUCCCCCUGGACGAAAUCCUUCAGAGGGGCCUUGUCGACAAAGCCACUGCCUCGGCGAUCAAAGAUGAGAAGUCCCAUACCAAAAGCCUCACUUGUCCAAAAACCAAGAGACGAAUCACAUUCAAAGAGGCGCUGGACAGAAGCCUGUAUGACUGUCACACUGGGUUAAGAUUACUGGAGGCUACUAAGGCUCAGGGUUUUGGAUCCUUAUCAACACUGCAUCAUGGAAUGUGGAAAUCUAAACAUUAAACUCAUCUUUGCUCAUCAUGAUCAUCUUUGUUUGAAAAAAAAAAUAUGUAGGUUUUAUUUUGGAUUUGUUGAUUUUCAUUGUUUUCUAACAGAGGCGGAUGCAGAAAGGACUAAUCCUUAAGAGAAUGGUUAUUUGUGUACAGAAUUGUAUUUCCAAGCAGAACUACGUAUAACACUUAUCUGCUCCUAUGUACCUUUUUAUGUACCUCUAUUGUUUGAUUGAGUUGACCAUACCCCCUCGGUACUUUAUUAUACAGUUUGAUGAGUCAACUGUUGAUUCCUAAUUUAUUGAUAUUUUCACACCCUUACCUGUUCUGA